ACAUCUCAUAAUCCAAAUUUUUAUAGGAAUAUCCAUCUUCAAUUGAACUUUACAUAGAAAGCUCCACCAACCCCAUUUUCCUCUCAUUCCUCUUUUCCAAUUUAUCCCACCUUAUUUCUGAUCAAAAAGUUUCAUUCUUAUUAAAUCUUCAAAACCCAACAUCGUAUAAUCACUCUUCUGUCUUCUUGAUUAUCUCAGAGUAUCCCACCAUAACCAUGGCAGCGAUGUCAGGGAAGAUUUUCCAAAAUGUUUCUGUUGGACAUUACUACCAACAAAAUAGACAAUUCAAUACCCAAUGCAGCAGAGACUCUAUUACCUCAAACGUGUGCAACUUCCUUCCACUGAAGGGAAGGAAGUCAGCGUGGAAGGGUAUCUUGGCCAUGCAGUUGCACACUUUGUCAAUAUAUCAGAAUGGUUUUGUUAGUAGAGGAAUUUGCUGCAAUGCUGCUUUAUCUUCCACAGCAGUUCAACCGCUUGAAAAGUUUGAUUUUCUUAAACUUCAGAAUGGCAGUGAUAUCCGAGGUGUUGCUGUUGGUGGCGUUGAUGGUGAACCUAUUACGCUAACAGAACCAGUUUCAGAGGCCAUAGCUGCUGCAUUUGCUUCAUGGCUUUCUGAUAAAAAGAAAGUUGAUGGUUCCAGGCCCAUGAGCGUUUCCAUUGGUCAUGAUUCUCGAAUUUCAGCCUCAAUGCUUCAGGAUGCCGUGUCUCGGGGGCUGAUGAGUGCUGGCGUCGAUGUUUUGCAUUUUGGGCUGGCUUCCACACCUGCCAUGUUUAAUAGCACUCUCACUGUUAAUGAGGAUGCUAGGUGUCCUGUAGAUGGAUCCAUCAUGAUAACAGCUAGUCAUCUUCCUUACAACAGAAAUGGGUUCAAAUUUUUUACCAAUGCUGGAGGGCUUGGCAAGGCAGACAUCAAAGAUAUUUUGGAACGUGCUUCUGAUAUAUACAAUAAGUAUACAGAUGAAGGUCUGAAAGAAUCACAGGGAAGAUCUUCUGCAUCCGUGAGAAGAGUAGAUUACAUGUCUAUUUAUGCAUCUGAUCUUGUGCGUGCUGUUCGCAAAGCAGCAGGAAAUAUAGCUUGCAGAAACAUACCUUUUUUUGAUGAUCAAGUAGCAUCGGCAUCUUUGAGUCGACUAAGAAAACUAAGCACAAAGAAGCCUUUAGAGGGUUUUCAUAUAGUUGUUGAUGCUGGCAAUGGAGCAGGAGGCUUUUUUGUCGCUAAGGUGCUUGAGCCUCUGGGUGCUGUCACUAGCGGCAGUCAGUUCUUGGAGCCAGAUGGUAUGUUUCCAAACCAUAUCCCAAACCCAGAAGAUAAGGCUGCAAUGAGAGCAAUCACUCAGGCAGUUCUUAAUAACAAAGCGGAUUUGGGCAUCAUUUUCGAUACUGAUGUGGACAGAUCUGCUGCUGUAGAUUCUACUGGCCGUGAGCUCAACCGUAAUCGUUUGAUUGCUCUCAUUUCUGCUAUAAUCCUUGAGGAACAUCCGGGGACAACUAUCGUCACGGACAGUGUGACUUCAGAUGGUCUCACUACGUUUAUUGAAAAGAAACUUGGAGGAAAGCAUCACAGAUUUAAAAGGGGGUACAAAAACGUAAUUGAUGAAGCUAUUCGUCUGAACUCUAUUGGAGAAGAAUCACAUUUGGCCAUUGAGACCAGUGGCCAUGGUGCCCUCAAAGAGAAUAACUGGCUGGAUGAUGGGGCCUAUCUCAUGGUCAAGCUCCUCAACAAGCUUGCUUCUGCCAGGGCAUCAGGAAUAGGAGGAGGCAGCAAAGUUUUGACUGAUUUGGUGGAAGGUUUGCAAGAAGCAGCUGUUACUGUUGAAUUGAGACUCAAGAUUGAUCAGAAUCAUGUAGAUCUUAAAGGAGGAUCCUUUCGGGACUAUGGAGAGGCUGUGCUGAAGCACUUGGAAAAUGUAGUAGAUUCAGAUUCUAAGCUCGUGAAGGCCCCAGUUAACUAUGAAGGCGUUCGAGUUUCCGGCUUUGGCGGUUGGUUUCUUUUAAGACUCUCACUUCACGAUCCUGUUCUACCACUUAACAUUGAGGCACCCAGCAAUGAUGAAGCUGUGAAAUUAGCGCUUGCUGUGCAUGAAGCUGUCAGAGAGUUCCGAGCCUUAGAUAUGUCAGCAUUGGACAAAUUAAUCAAUAAAAAUUGAGUGUGCCGUAGAGAGCAUGUUUCGCUGACCAACGGAGGAGGUUCGCGGACUUAUAAGGUUUCGGGAGCUGUUGUAAUCAACGAGAGUAAACACUGCUGCCUUUUGCUUGCAAAAAUGGAGAAGCCUAGAGGCAUUAGGAUUUAAAGCAAUGAAAUUUUUUGAGAGUUCAGUACAUAUGAGAAGGCAAGCUGACUUUUUGGUAAAAUGAUUGUUGUAAAAUGAUGCAUGUAUUUAUAGAAGUAACAAGAUUUUCUAUAUGAACACACUUUUGUGCUCA